CCUACCCGCGCCUCCGCGGCGCACGCACGGCCGCGAGCGCGCGUGCGCCCCCGCGAGCGUCCCCGGGAGCCGAGCUGGAGCGAGCGCCGGCGCCGGGCGCGCGGGACUGAAAAGGAGGCGGCGGCCGCGGCUGCGAGCGGCAGAUCCAGGCUCCGCGAGCUGACCGGCUCUGCUGCUGGGCGAUUUUUUUGUUUGUUUAAUUUCCAAACCAUUUAUUAAAUUAGAAAAUCUUGCGUUUUUAAAUGGCGCUGGCCCCGGGCCCGCGGGCGGUUUUCUCUGCUUCAGGAUGGGCUUUGCCGCUUCUGUCGUGGGCACCAGUGGUGGCCUGAUUGUCAGCCUUCUCCGGGCAUUUUUAAGGCCAGGAGCUGAGCGCUGCGUGUAGGCGCCCUACAGAGCGGCUUGGCUUUUAAAAUUAUUGUUAUUGUUUUGGGCAGAGAACAGUCGAUCCUCGGGCAUUUCGUCCUCUUUGCAGAAGAGGCUGCGAGUCGGAGGCGGGUCGCUCCGAGGGCGAAUUUCCUCCCGGGGUGCGCGAUCCCCGGCCCCGCGCACAGCCCAGGCGGCCCCGUGUGUGUGUCCUGUCCCCGCCGGCGCCGGGAAAAUGGAGGCUGUGAUAGAGAAGGAAUGCAGCGCGCUCGGAGGCCUCUUCCAGACCAUCAUCAGCGACAUGAAGGGGAGCUAUCCAGUUUGGGAAGAUUUCAUAAACAAAGCCGGAAAGCUGCAGUCCCAGCUUCGGACAACAGUAGUAGCAGCAGCUGCCUUCUUGGAUGCCUUUCAGAAAGUGGCUGACAUGGCCACCAACACACGUGGUGGUACCAGGGAGAUCGGCUCGGCCCUCACCAGGAUGUGCAUGAGGCAUCGGAGCAUAGAGGCCAAGCUGAGGCAGUUUUCCAGUGCUUUAAUCGAUUGUCUGAUAAACCCACUCCAAGAGCAGAUGGAAGAAUGGAAGAAAGUGGCCAACCAGCUGGAUAAAGACCACGCGAAAGAAUAUAAAAAAGCGCGCCAAGAGAUAAAAAAGAAGUCCUCAGAUACACUGAAACUGCAGAAGAAAGCAAAAAAAGUGUCAAUUGUGUAUCCUGCACUUUCUCACCGUGCGCCCCCCCCGCCAGUGGACGCUGUCGGGCGAGGUGACAUCCAGCCCCAGUUGGACAGCGCACUCCAAGAUGUCAAUGAUAAGUAUCUCCUGUUGGAAGAAACGGAAAAGCAGGCAGUCCGGAAGGCUUUGAUUGAAGAACGCGGCCGAUUCUGCACCUUCAUCUCUAUGCUGCGGCCCGUGAUUGAAGAAGAAAUCUCAAUGCUCGGGGAAAUAACUCACCUGCAGACCAUAUCAGAAGAUCUGAAAAGCCUGACCAUGGACCCUCACAAACUGCCCUCCUCAAGUGAACAGGUGAUUUUGGAUUUGAAAGGUUCUGAUUACAGUUGGUCAUACCAGACUCCACCCUCUUCUCCCAGCACCACCAUGUCCCGCAAAUCAAGCGUCUGCAGCAGCCUGAACAGUGUCAACAGCAGCGACUCGCGGUCCAGCGGCUCCCACGGCUCCCACUCGCACUCGCCCAGCUCCCACUACCGCUACCGCGGCUCCAACCUGGCCCAGCAGGCGCCUGUGCGGCUGUCCAGCGUGUCCUCCCACGACUCAGGGUUCAUCUCCCAGGACGCCUUCCAGUCCAAGUCUCCAUCCCCCAUGCCACCGGAGGCCCCCAACCAGAACUCGUCCAGCUCGGCCUCCUCCGAAGCCUCGGAAACCUGCCAGUCAGUGAGCGAGUGCAGCUCGCCCACCUCGGUCAGCUCAGGCUCCACCAUGGGCGCCUGGGCGUCCACGGAGAAGUUGUCUAACGGGUUUUCUCACUAUAGUUUAUCAAGUGAGUCCCAUGUGGGGCCCGCGGGGGCGAGCCUUUUCCCUCAUUGCCUGCCCGCCUCCCGCCUGCUCCCUCGGGUCACCUCUGUCCACCUUCCAGACUACGCACAUUAUUACACCAUUGGGCCCGGCAUGUUCCCGUCAUCUCAGAUCCCUAGCUGGAAGGACUGGGCCAAGCCAGGACCUUACGAUCAGCCUCUGGUGAACACCCUUCAGCGCCGCAAAGAGAAGCGAGAGCCAGACCCCAGCGGGGGAGGCCCCCCUGCAGCAGGAGGCGCGCCUGCCGCCUCCGAGGAGGCUCAGAGGCCGCGGAGCAUGACCGUGUCGGCUGCCACCAGGCCUGGAGAGGAGAUGGAAGCUUGUGAGGAACUGGCCCUGGCCCUGUCUCGGGGCCUCCAGCUUGACACCCAGAGAAGCAGCCGGGACUCGCUUCAGUGCUCCAGCGGCUACAGCACCCAGACCACCACCCCCUGCUGCUCCGAGGACACCAUCCCCUCCCAAGUUUCAGAUUACGAUUAUUUCUCUGUAAGUGGUGACCAGGAGGCAGAUCAGCAGGAGUUUGACAAAUCCUCAACCAUUCCAAGAAACAGUGACAUCAGCCAGUCCUACCGACGAAUGUUCCAAGCCAAGCGCCCGGCCUCGACUGCUGGCCUCCCCACCACCCUCGGACCUGCUAUGGUCACCCCAGGGGUUGCAACCAUCCGACGGACCCCUUCCACCAAGCCUUCUGUCCGCCGGGGGACCAUAGGAGCUGGUCCCAUCCCCAUCAAGACACCCGUGAUCCCUGUCAAGACCCCCACUGUCCCAGACCUCCCUGGGGUGUUGCCAGCCCCUCCGGAUGGGCCCGAGGAGCGGGGUGAGCACAGCCCUGAGUCGCCGUCUGUGGGUGAGGGCCCCCAGGGUGUCACCAGCAUGCCCUCCUCAAUGUGGAGUGGCCAAGCCUCCAUCAACCCUCCUCUUCCAGGCCCGAAGCCGAGCAUCCCCGAGGAGCACAGACAGGCGAUUCCAGAAAGCGAGGCCGAAGACCAGGAAAGGGAUCUCCCAAGUGCCACUGCCUCCCCAGGCCAGAUUCCAGAGAGUGACCCUGCAGACCUGAGCCCGAGGGAUGUCCCGCAAGGAGAAGACAUGCUGAAUGCCAUUCGCAGGGGCGUGAAACUGAAGAAGACCACGACAAACGACCGCUCGGCCCCGCGCUUCUCUUAGGCUCAUAAGAAAUGCUGCCAGUGGGGAAUGAACUGUCUAAUUAAUAAGACCUAAUUUGUCUUGAUCCAUUCCAAUCUAUAAUCAAACAAAUUUUGUAGGCAACUCAGAACACAGCUCUUUUGAAAGUACUCAACACCUUUAGAUAAGAAUUAAAAGCAACAUAUGUAACUGACAUAACCUUGAUCUUUUAAUUUGUAAAUACUGACAGUUUUCUUUCUGCACAUUUUAAUCUUAGUUUCCCUUAUGAUUUUUCUGAAGGUGCCAAAUUCCAUUUAACUUUUUUACAAGUCUUUGUAAAAUUUUAAACGCAUAAGGGGGGGAGGUCGGGCAGGGGAACCACGAAGUAGUAAUUUCAGAAAAAAGGAUAACUAUACUUAGCUUUUUUUUCUCUUUUUUUUUUUUCCUGCAAGCUUUUGUAGAUGCAUUGUAGUAGUCUGGCUUAGAUGCAAAUUCAAGUUAUUUUAACGUACAAACGAAACGGAUAAGGGGUAAAAAGUCCUUAUUCAAAUAUACUAUGUUUGGGAUGAGAAAAGCGGGAGUGAGCUGAUGAGCAGUAUCCGGAGUGAAGGGCCUCUGGAAGUGGUAGACUGUGUUAGCACUGGGGGGAGGGUCGCGGGAGGGGCACACUGUCAACAUAGCCGAUCCUGUUACAUUUAAGAGUAGCCUUGUAGGUUGAACUUCUAGUAGCUUCAUGGUAAAUGCAUCCGAAUAAGCCAUACUGGAUUGCAGUGUUUGUUUUUGUAGGGUGUUUAAGGACUUCCUUUCUCCCACAAUUCCUCCUGACUGCACACAGCACCCACCUCGUCCCGUGCAUGCUGCUGCCACCAGGUAGACAUAGAACCCUCACUUCAGUUACUUGUCUGUUAUACCCACUUUCAUUGAAUCCAGAUACAUCCAAAAGGGUAAGGCAGUUUUAAAAAUGUGAAAACAUUUUAAGAUGAUAGCAGGGAAUUCUUAGAUAUAGCAAAUGCCUUUUACUUAUCUGUGCCCAGCAGGCUGGGCAUGUUGAAAAGCCCAAAUAUUUUGAAAAAACGCGAGCGGAUUUAACAAGGGUAACCAGCUUGGAGUCUAGCAACUUGCCAAUGUGUUUACCAGUCUGGGGGCUUGUUUUUCUUAUCUUCUUUUAAAUAAAUGGCAGUUAAUUGGCUUCAUACUAAACAUCAAAGAGAAGAGGAUUUAUUUCUUGUCGCUGGGAAUCUGACCACUAUACUGUCCCUUUUUUUUGUAUUCUAGGUAAUGUUUUUUGGAAUGGAUUUCUAUCUUUUAAGUGAAACUUAAAUUUGUUAUAAUGCCAUCCCCUAAAGCCAGCAGAGAUUUGUAGAUUUAAAGGGAUCACGUUUGGGUUAUGCAAUGGUGUUUAAAAAAGAAAGCCAGCUCCUUCGGGUCAGAUGAAAGUGCUCAUUUGGGACCCAACCUCUCAAGGAACAGGAGCCUUGGAGGGCCCCACAGACCCUGAAGAUUUCUGUAGGCUCCAGUCUUCAAUUACCAAAUCUUAUGCUUUAAUACAUAACUGCAUUGGAUGUGAAAUGUACCUGUACAGUCACUGUUCUAUAUAUUAACAUUUAACACUGCUGUGAUUGCUCAAGAACAUUUUAUGUUAUGGCUUUAAAGCAAAGGCAUGAUUAUUAGAAACUAUUUAAGCUUUUUCUUUGAAAAACAAGCUCCUUUUACAGAACAUAAGCAACAGCAGUGCCUGUGGUGUGGCCACCAACCUUGAUGAUUAGAAGCAGCUGAUGCGUUGUGCAUAUGAUGCUUGAGAUGGUUUCUGCAAAAGCAGAAAUCACUGUAAGGUAAUGACAAUAGAUAAAAGUGGUAUUUUAAACCUUUGAAAUAAAUGGAUGUAACUGUACCUUGGUACAGCUUUUCACUUGUUUAGUUUUUAAACGUUAGUAUAAUCUGAAUAAAUUUAAUAUAAAAUGUUGCCAAAUUCAAUGUAGAAAGAAUGUGACAAAACACCUUGGGUAGUUCUGUUUGUGUUUUUGCAUAUUGUAAAAGCAGUGUCACAGCUAAAAUAAAGAAAUCGUUUCUAAAGGUAAAUUAUUGUGCUUUAGUUGCUAGUUUGUACUGAGAGUUGACCUCUCCCUGUGCAGUUUUUUGUUCUAAACUUGUAUAAAUAACAAUUGUGUAAUGUGUCUCCCUUUUACCUUGUAACAGUUGCUUCAGCCUACAUUAUAAAUAAAGAACCACUAGAA